UUAGUGUGCGUUCGGCUGAGCGCUCGCUCGCGUGUUUAACAUUUUGUGUUGUUGUUGUGUUGUUUUGUUUUGUUUUUGCUUGGAAAAUGCAAAAGACGCCAACAGCAGCUGCAUCAGCGUUCAACUCUGCAGUUGUUGUUUCGGGUUUUCCUCUUUGUGUGUGCAACAAUGCACAGAAAAGUGCCCAACAAGUUAUAAAAAAUGUUAAAAACACAAGAACCUAAAGUCUAAAUAUCCCAAAAAUGUGCCUUAAAUAUUGAAGUAAAACAAAUACUGACUGCAACAACAAACAUCAACAACAUCAACAAAAAUCAACCCAUACAGCAAGUGUGAAUACCCAACGCCCAGUGCCACGCCCCUGACUAAAAAAUACAUAAGCCAAAAGAAAAAAACACAUCAAAAUCAAAAAACAAAACAAAAUUCGUCUAAAAAAAACUCGAACAAAAAAAUCAUGAGUAGUCAACCUGCCAGCCAGCCCGAUAGCAUUGACUUAGCCUAUGAUAUGUGGGCGGGUCAAUUCGAAUUUGUCGGACCCACAGCGAAUGCAGCAGCAACAACAGCAAUAAAUCACAAAAGCAGCGCACUGAACAACAACAAUAACAACAACAAUUGCGUGAAAUUUGGCAGUGAGAGGAGCGCUAGUCAAGAUCUUUCGUCAGCGGACAGUCUGGAGGAUUUGAAUUUGAAUUUCAACACGAGCUCCACGCAGAAUCCUCUGUGCAACGCCUACAGUUUGGGCGUGGGUGUGGGCGUGGCUGGGCAAUAUCCUGGCUUUGGCAAGCAGCCCAUACUGUUCGAUCAGGAGACGUUUCUCAGCCUCAAUCCGGCUGAUUUUGAGAAUAUUGUGCCAUCCGAUUCGGAGCCUAAUUCGCUGGUGUUCAUCGAAAACAAACUCGAAACGAACAACAAUAGUUUGGAAUCGAAUAAUAAUAAUAACAGCAACAGCAAUAAUAAUAAUAAUAAAAUAUACAAUUUGGAAACGUUGACAAGUAAAUUCAAUAAUAAGACAAACAAUACGAAUACAAACGGUUUCAAAUUGGAAAACCUUAAGAACUUCAAGAACAAAUUGCUCUGUGAUUUUGAGGAGAACGGCAACGGGGGAGCCGCAAACGGCACAAACAGCAAAAUGAACGGCGCCCUCAGCGCGGAGAUUUGCGAUAAUUUCAACGAGCAACUGGAGCUGCUGCAGCGCAAGGUGGACGAUCUGUCAGAUACGCAGAACAUAGCCGAGGAUCGCACGACGCGCACCAAGACUGAAUAUGCGGUGCUCCAGGCGCGCUAUCACAUGCUCGAGGAGCAGUACAGAGAGUCGGAACUGCGAGCCGAGGAGCGUUUGGCCGAGGAGCAGAAGCGCCAUCGCGAAAUUUUGGCCCGUGUGGAACGCGAAGCCUCGCUGCAGAAUGAGAAUUGCCAGAUGAAGAUCAAAGCCACCGAAAUCGAGGCGAAUGCACUGCGCGAUGAGGCGCAACGAUUGCGUGUCUUGUGCGAUAAACAGGCCAACGAUUUGCAUCGCACCGAGGAGCAGCUGGAGCUGGCACGCGAUCAGAUUGCCGCCCUGCAGCAGGAAUACGAUGAGCAAUUGCAGACGGUGCGCCGGCACGAGCAGGAGAAAAAGUCCACCGAAGAGCUAAUGCUCGAGCUGAGCCGCGAACUGCAGCGCGCCCGCGAGGAGAAUGGGGCACGUGCCAUGCCCACCACAUCGCCGGAGAGCAUAAGACUGGAGGAGCUGCAUCAGGAGCUCGAGGAGAUGCGCCAAAAGAAUCGCUCCCUCGAGGAGCAGAACGAGGAGCUGCAGGCAACCAUGCUGGCGAAUCAGGCCACCAUGCUGACCAACGGCGUGGAGCAGGGUCGUCAUCUGUUGAACGGCACCCUCAACAAUCUGGCCCAGGAGCUGGAGGAGAUGUCACAAGCUCAGGAUUCUGUGGAUUCAGCCACAUUAGCAUCCUUAAGUCAGCUGCAACAGGCCUUCCAGGAAAAGGAGGAUGAGAAUGUGCGCCUAAAGCAUUACAUCGAUACGAUCCUAUUGAACAUUGUGGAGAACUAUCCCCAGCUGCUCGAAGUCAAGCCCAUGGAGCGCAAAUAGAAGAACGCAAAAAAAAAAAGAACAACAAUAUUUAAUAAUAAAACUAAACCCAGAUACUGCGGUAACUGGACCACCUAAACUAAA